GGAGGAAGGAGCCGUGCGUAAAGGAGGAAUGGCUGGAAAACAUGCUCCGCUUCUGUUGUGCGUACUGUGUGUGCUUUGCGCGCAGUCUCUCGGGCAGGUGUUCAACCUGACGCUGUCUGUUAGAGAAGGUCUGCCCGCUAGAACCAUCGUUGGAGACCUGGCCGCAGGGUUAAGCAGGCCAAGCACUGGAUUCUUCAUCUCCGAGAGCAGAGACUCUUAUGUGUUCAGGGAUUUGGAGAUAGACGCAGACACGGGGAUCAUCUCCACAGCUGUGGUCCUGGACCGGGAGAGCAGAGACAAAUAUGAAUUUGUGGCGGCGACCCUCACAGGUGAGAUGAUCAAAGUGAAAAUAGAAGUGAAAGAUGUCAACGACCACUCACCUGAGUUUCCAUCAGAGGAGGUGGAACUGAAAAUAUCAGAGCUGAGCCCCCCUGGAAGCCGUGUUCAGGUUGAAGGUGCCAAAGACCAGGAUGUGGAGGAGUUUGGGACUCAGGGGUACAGGAUCAGAGAAAGGGAAAUGGGGGAGUUAUUUCACCUGGAGUAUCGAAGUGGAUCGGACAGCCUGGAUUUAAUCUUAAAACACAGACUGGACCGAGAAACCCGAGACUUUUACUCCCUGACAGUCGAGGCGUUUGAUGGUGGGAUACCCGCCAGGACCGGCACAGUCCAGGUCAACAUCCACAUCCUGGAUGAAAACGAUAAUCCACCUGUGUUCAGCCAGACUGAAUAUCACGCCUCUGUGCCAGAGGAUGCUCCGCUUAUGUCUGUUGUUUGUCAGGUCCAGGCCACAGACCAGGACCUGGGGGACAACGCUAGGAUCACCUACGAGAUCAACAGGCGGCAGAGUGACCCCAAUGAACUCUUCUACAUCAACGAAACCACCGGGGUGCUCUACCUCAACAAGCCUCUGGACUAUGAGAUUCAGGCCUUUCAUGAGUUGAUUGUCGUUGCCAGGGACAACGGGGCUCAACCUGAGUUCAGCAGUGCUUUUGUGGGCAUCAAGGUGCUCAACGUCAACGACAACAGCCCCGCCAUCAGUGUGCUUUUCCUCAGUGAGAGUGGAGACCCAGUGGUGUCAGAGGCAGCAGGUGUUGGCGACUACGUGGCCCGGAUUUCAGUGUCAGACCCUGACUUUGAGGAGGAGAAAGUGACAGUGAAGCUCGCAGGUGGGGAUGGGAAGUUCACCCUGAAGCAGACCGAUGACUUCCUGUUUGCUUUGUGUGUAAACACUGAGCUAGACCGAGAGGAGAAGGAUCUGUAUGAGCUCCAAGUCCUGGCAUCUGAUUUUGGGAGUCCGGCUCUGACCAGUGAGGUGAAUUUUCUGUUAAAGGUGUCUGAUGCUAAUGACUGUCAUCCUGCCUUUGAUAGAGAUGUGUACACUGUAAGCAUCGCAGAAGAUGCACCUCAGGGCAGCUCCCUCAUCCAGAUGCAGGCCCGAGACGCAGACGAAGGCGCCAACGCACUAGUCAGAUACUCCAUCCUGAAGUCAAACCAGGACAGUCUGAUCAGCAUCGACCCUGAGUCCGGUCUGGUCACCACUGCUGCUGCUCUGGACAGAGAGACACACAUGGAGGUGUGGUUCCUGGUGGUGGCAGCGGACGGAGGCGAGCCAUCCCUGUCGUCCACGGCGACGGUCACUGUGCUGGUAGAGGAUCUGAACGAUAACGAGCCAGUGUUCCAGCAGCAGCUCUACAACGUGUCAGUCCCAGAGCACAGUGAGAUUGGAAGCUGCUUUUUACAAGUUGUUGCCACAGAUGCAGACAGCCCUGAGUUCAGCAUUCUCCGUUAUUCUCUCUCGGAUGAUUUUGACAAACCGGACCAGCACCCUCUGUUCCGAAUCCACCCUCAGACCGGACAGCUGUGUGUCGCCCACGACAUCGAUCGAGAAGCAGGACAGACGGUCCAUGACAUCCUGGUGAAAGCUGAAGAUCCAGGAGGUCUAAGUGCUCAAACAUAUGUCCACAUUGAAAUAGAAGACCUCAACGACAACGCUCCAGUGUUCAACCCUGAACACUACACUAUGAGCAUCAGCAGCCAUACGCAGCCCGGCGCUGAAAUCCUCACCGUUAUCGCUACUGACAGAGAUUCUGGCAGGUUUGGACAGGUCACCUACGAAAUCCUUCCAGGGGACAUGUCCAGUUUGUUCAUGUUGGAUAAGCAAACAGGAAUGCUCUAUCUAACGUCCACUCUGACCCACCUGGGAGCAGCUAGUGUCAAGAUCAUGAUAACGGCACAGGACGGUGGCGGCCUGACCUCACCCGGACCAGCAGAGGUCACCAUCAAUGUGCUCCGCAGCGCUCAGCCUCCAGCUGUGUUCCAGAGGUCACGGUACACAUUCACAGUACCUGAAGACGCACCUCCAGGAACGUCUGUGGGGACGGUGGAGGCCAUCGACCCAACCCGCUCAUUGGUGUCAUACCGCAUCUCUUCUGGAGACCCUCAGGGUUUGUUCUCCGUCCACCCCAAGUCCGGCCUGAUCACUAACAUCAAACCUCUGGACCAUGAGUCCCAGUCGUACGCCCUGCUGGUCCUUCAGUCCUACACCGACUCAUCUCCAGUCUACAGCAUCACACAGGUCAACAUCACUAUCGCAGAUGUCAACGACAACGCUCCAGUCUUCCCCAAACUCAGGGACUCUAUCACAGUGUCCCAGAACACGCUCCCAGGGACGGUGCUGUUCAUGGCACAUGCACAUGACUAUGAUGCUGGUGCUAAUGGGAGAGUUCAGUAUCAUCUGAAAAGCAGCAAAAAUGGAACAUUUAGUAUUAAUCACAACCUUGGAACAGUGACAUUGAAUCAGAGUUUACAGGCAGAUGCUCCCCGGGCGUACGGCUUGGACAUUGUGGCUAAAGAUGAAGGAGAGCCUUCACUGAGCUCCACGCUGAGUCUCAUAGUCAACAUAGAUGGAACUACUGCUGAAGACAGUCUGGCCUUUGAGACGUUGGUCUACCAGGUGGAGAUUGGUGAAGGCUACCGGAAAGAUUCCCGAGUUAUCCAGGUGAGGGCGCACCGCAGCCAAGGAUCCCACUCUUCAAACUCAGGCCUCAUUUACUCCAUGGAAGCUGAAGAAGGAUUCCCUCCUGCUCCAUUUCGGGUUCAUCCAAAGACAGGGUGGUUGUAUCUGUCCCACAGCCUCGACUAUGAGACGGAAUCGAUGUUCCGUUUUCGUGUUCUGGCCACAGUCAGCGACAACACCCUGGCCCACACCACAGCUACAGCCACGGUCACAGUGCUGGUCCUGGACAUCAAUGACAACGCCCCGGUGUUCAGCAGCGAUGUGUACCACUUCACUGUGUCAGAGGGCACGUCACCUCAAGGCCUCGUGGGAACAGUCACCGCUGUGGAUAAGGAUUCUGGGAAAAAUGGUCAACUGUCAUACAUCCUGCUUACAGAUGGGAAAUUCUUCCGCAUUAAUACAAAAACAGGAGAAAUCAUCAACUGGGUAGCGCUGGACCGGGAGCAGCACAGCCAGCACAGUCUGAAGGUGAUGGUGACGGACCAGGGCCACCCUCGUCUUAAUGCCACCGCCACCGUCCACAUCCUGGUCACUGACAUUAAUGAUAAUGCUCCACAGUUUACACACCUGCCUGCCAGCAAGGAGCUCAAUGUUCAGAUAUGGGCUGGUUUACCAGCUGGAUCCUUGGUAACAAAUGUGUUUGCUAAAGACUUGGAUGCUGGAGAGAAUGGAACAGUUACUUUCUCAAUGACCACAGAUGGUCUGGAAGAUGAGGAUCUUGGUGACUUUGUGCUUGACAGUAAAAGUGGAGACAUCAGGACGACGUCCUUUUUCAGCCAUAACCCUGAGCGACACUACACUCUGAGAGUUACUGCUAAAGACAGUGGAGCUGCUCCUCAGGAAGACUCUGCAGUCAUUCACAUACAGGUUCAUGGAGUGGAGACUCCAUCUAGCAGUUCUGAACACCAAAUUAUGAGACGUUUUGUGGUGAGAGAGGACACAGAGGUAGGGACCGUUAUUGGCUCUGCAAGUGUUGAAUCUCCUGAAAAAGGGAGAUUCCAAUAUUCAAUCACUGAGGGUGAUGGAAGUGUUCACUUUGGUAUCGAUGGCUCCUCUGGUGACGUAUAUAUCAACCAACCACUGGAUUAUGAGUCUGCUAUGCAGUACCUCCUCUUGGUCCGUGCAGAGGAUACAGGCCUCACUUCAGGGAUGAACAUGUCUGUCCUGGUCAGCAUCAUUGUGGAGGAUGUAAAUGACCACACACCUUGGUUUCCUGAUAAACUGGUGAUGUUUGGAUUGAAGGAGGAUGCUGCAGUUGGAUCACUUGCAUUCGCUUUUCAUGCCAGGGACGCCGAUGGGACAUUGGCUAACAGCGCCCUCCAAUACUCCCUCACAUUUGACCCCAAAAUUUGGGAUCCAUCAUCUCGUUUCCCCUUUCACAUCAACUCUCAUACUGGGAGUCUGACAGUAGUAGCACCUUUAGACCGAGAGGCCACGCCCACCUUGGCUUUCAUGGUGACAGCCACUGACCAAGCCAAGAGGAAAGAAGAACGUAAACACACUUCUGUGACGGCUCAGGUUUUCCUGCUGGAUGUGAAUGACAACCGGCCUGUUUUUGUGUCUGCAGACACAGUUCAGGUAGUGGAGGAUGCAGAUGUCGGCAGUCUGCUGCAUCAUUUUGUGGCCAUAGAUGGAGAUCUGGAUGAAAGUGGUGUUAUCUCUUACGCCAUCAUAUCUGGAAACAAGAAUGGAUUCUUCAUGAUGGAGGAGAAAACAGGCCUGCUGUUUCUGUCUGCUCCAUUGGACUAUGAAACACAGCGUAUCCAUCGUCUGUCCGUCCGAGCUGUGGACCAUGGCCUGCCCUCGCUCUCCUCCACCCAGACUCUGACUAUAGAAGUGGGCGAUGUCAACGAUCAGCCGCCGGUCUUCGAGCAGAACAUCUACAACGCCAGCGUGGCUGAAAACAGAGACCCAGGAGAACCGGUGAUCCGUGUCUCUGCCGUCGAUAAAGAUUCAGAGGAAAAUGCUGUGGUGUGGUACAGUCUGCUUCCGGGUCCUGGUUAUGAACUCUUCAGCAUCAACCCUUACACCGGACUGAUCACCACCACCUCGUACCUAGACCGAGAGGAGCAGCAGCAUUUCACACUGAGAGUCCAGGCCCGUGACAGCAGCACACGGCCUCUUUCGGGUACAGCUACAGUGUUGUGCACUGUUCUGGAUGACAAUGACAACCCUCCAGAGUUCAUGCAGUCAUCGUUUCAGAUCAGCCUGCCAGAAAACCUGCCCCCUGGAGUAGUCCACACUGUUCAGGCCUCAGACCCAGAUCACGGAGAAAAUGGAACCAUUCACUACUCCAUACAAGGUGAGGACUACAGAGGUCGCUUCUCUAUCAACAGUUACACCGGUGCCAUCAGCACCACACAGAUCCUUGACAGAGAGGAGACUCAGAAUUACACUCUUACAGUCCAUGCCCGUGAUUAUGGCCCCUCUCCACUCAGCUCAUCCACACAGCUUCUACUCAUUCUCCUGGACCAGAAUGAUAACGUACCCACCUUUUCCCGUAAGACUUACCAUGCCACCAUCAGUGAGGGUUUACCUGCUGGAACCGAGGUUCUCCGUCUUAUUGCCCUCGAUCCUGAUGAGGGCUCCAACGGCGACGUGACAUAUUCUCUGACAGAGGACAGGAGCCAGGGAGCGUUCUCCAUGGACGCCUACACGGGAUUGAUCCGCACCACCAGGUCUCUGGACCGAGAGGCCAGAAGCCAGUACACCCUCAGAGCUGUGGCCACUGACGGCUGCAGCCAAGGCCCACUGAGCUCUGUGGUGUCAGUGACCAUACAGGUGGAGGACGUGAACGAUAACGUCCCAGUUUGUGGCCAGAAUCCCAUCAACGCCUGGGUGUCCAUGAGGACUCUACCAAACCAGAUCAUUACCACGGUGACGGCGACAGACGGUGACCAGGGUGAGAAUGGGACAGUGCGGUUCAUGGUGACAGAUGAGGAAAAUCUGUUUGACAUCAACAGUGAGUCGGGAGACAUUUCACUGAGAAGACGAGUCUGGGCUGGUUUUUCUGGAAGGAAGCUGCAGGUCGAGGUGUCGGACCGAGGAAGACCAGCUCUGACCACGACCUGCCUGGUUUUUAUCCACCUGAUGGGAGAACAUGUGGGACUGCAGUUCACAAGCAAAGUGUACAACGCUACGAUCAGCGAGAACAGCAGAGCCGGCACGUGGAUCACAAAAGUUGAAGCCAAUGACCAAACCAACAGCAGACAAAGGAUCACAUACACCAUAUUUAGUGGCAAUGAAAAUCACAUUUUCUCCAUCAAUCGUCACACAGGUGAGAUCCGGGUGCAGAAGGACAACUCUCUGGACUUUGAGGUGAGUCCUCAGAUCCAGCUAGUGGUCCUGGCAGACAGUGGGCUGCAGACAGCUCACUGUAAGGUCUCCAUCAGUCUAGUGGACAUCAACGACAACGCACCAGUGUUUGAACACAGCAGCUACAGGACAGCAGUGUGGGAGGGUCAAAUCCACAACACCUAUAUUAUGCAGGUGUUUGCGUUAGAUGCCGACAGCGGGAUGAAUGGGCAGAUUGAGUAUUCCAUCAUUUCCGGCAACCAUAACAACGCUUUUAUCUUGGACUCUGUGAGAGGAAUCCUUGCAACCAAUGUCAUGCUGGACCGUGAGAUCACCAGUUCAUACAAGUUGGUUCUACAGGCAGCAGACAGGGGGAACCCUCCGCUCAGCAGCACCGCUAGCAUCAGGAUCCAAGUGGUGGACGUGAAUGACAACAGCCCUGCCAUCCCCCCCAUGGAGCCUGUACUCAUAUCAGAGAAUUUACCAGCAGGUUACAUGGUCACUCAGGUUACUGCAAACGACGUGGACCUGAGCUCAGCCAUCACCUACAGCUUUGCACUAAACGGCAGCACCAGCGGCCCCUUUGCCAUCGACUGUUACACCGGCGUGAUCACCCUGACACAAGCUCUGGACUACGAGGCACAGAAAGAGUACACUCUGAUCAUCUGGGCAUCCGACUCCCUCCAUCAAACCACCGGGGAGGUCGAAGUUCAAGUUCUUGACGUCAAUGACAAUGCUCCAGUAUUCACCCAGGUCUCCUACCAGGUGGAGCUGUCAGAGUUGGUCCCAGCAGACACAUUAGUUGUGUUGGUGUCUGCUACUGACAGAGAUUCUGGACUCAGCGGCAAAGUCACUUACAGACUGCUCUCAUCUCCUUUACAAGGCUUCUACAUCAAACCAGAUGAGGGGUCUGUCUUUACCAACAAGCCUUUGAAGGCAAUCACAAACAGCAACCCGAUCCAUCUUCUGGUUGAGGCCAGAGACCAUGGCGAUCCUCUCCGGUCCAGUGUCACCUCCAUAGAUGUAAUGAUUUUGGACACCAACGACCAUGCACCUGUGUUUCACCAGGACAUGUACACCCUCACCGUCCCAGAGGACACAGCAACAGAAACCACCCUACUGACACUCACUGCAGAUGACCAGGACUGGAGCCCCGAAAAUACACAUCUGGACUACAGCAUCAUCGCAGGGAAUGAUGAGAAGCGGUUUUGUCUGGAAGUAAAAAUGCUUCAGGUUGAGAAUGUGAUGAAAAACGUUGGAAAACUUGUUCUGUGUAACCCUUUAGACCGUGAGACCACUGAGAGCUACACGUUAACUGUGAGCGUCUCCGAUCGAGGAACACCUCCAUUGAACAGUUCUGCGGUUGUCAUGGUGACUGUGAGUGACUGCAAUGACAAUGCCCCCGUCUUUUCCAACACAGAGUACCAUGUCCAGGUCAGUGAAAACAGCCCCAUGGGUACCAGGUUGGUGCAAGUCAAUGCUCGGGAUCCAGACUUGGGAACCAAUGGCCUGUUGCAUUAUGAUAUCAUAUCAGGAAACAGCAAAGGACACCUGAAGCUGGACCGUCAGUCUGGUGUUUUAGUGGUUAACCAGUCGCUCAACUAUGAGGAAGAUUCAAAAUAUACCUUGACCAUUCGAGCAUCUGAUGGUAGUGAAUCAUCUGAAGAUCGUAAAGUUGCUUUCACAGUUGUCUUCAUCACGGUGUUGGAUGAGAAUGACAACACUCCCUACUUCAUGUUCCCUGUUGUUAACUGUUCCGUGAUGGAGAAUCUUCCAGCUUUUACCCAUGCCUGUUCAGUCCACGCUGUUGACAAUGACUUGGGUGUCUACGGCCAGCUCACCUACUCUAUACUGUCCUCCUGCUUCAUGGACUAUGGCAGUGGAAGCCCUGAGAGGAAAGAAGCCUUUGCUAUUGAUGCCUUCACAGGUGACAUUCACACCAGGCAGACCUUUGAUUAUGAGCGUGAGAGUGAAUACUGCUUCAUUGUGGAGGCCAAGGACAAAGGAGACAAAGCAGCGACAGUGCGAGUGCAGGUGGCCAUUAAGGGAAUGGAUGAGUUCAGUCCCAUCUUCACCCAGAAGCAGUACCACUUUCUCCUGCCAGAAAACACAAAGCCAGGAGAAACCAUUGGCUUUGUCAUGGCAAUGGACUAUGAUGGUGGCAUUGAUGGGCUGGUGGAGUACUCGUUUCUGCACCCUUCACAGUUUUUCUCAAUAAAUAAAACAACUGGUGCCAUCUUUGUUUCAGAUCCUGUGUAUCGCAGAAGAGGCAGCUAUGCCAGUGAGAACAUGGUAGAGUUGGUUGUGUUGGCAGGUAGUCCCAAAGUAGGCUCCAGGACCACCACAUGUCCAGUUUUUGUCAAUAUCUCAAACUCGGCAGAGGCAUUGGCGGGGGUUCCUCUUGAUACUCACAUGCUCAGUCUGAGUGUGUCCCUGCUGAUGUUCCUCCUCAUCCUGGUCAUUUUUGUGGGUCUGGUUCUUUCAUACAAGAUCAAAGAGGCUGCAGUGAAAAAGGCAGCUGCCAUUGCUACAAACUUAAACAAUGGCACAGGCUCCUUCUGUGGCUCUAGUGUACAAUCCUCAAGUGUAAUCUGUCUGCAGGAGAUGAGGCGGCCCAGCAUCUUGGUGACAAGAAAGGACGUACCAACCCUGUACAGUCAGUCAGACUCAAGUGGCCGUGGAUCAGCAGAAGGCGAAACCGCAGAGGAUCAGGAGAUCAAGUGGAUAAAUGAGAACCUUUACCGUAAAAGAGAUGAACCAGUUCAAGGCAACCAGACCUCAGAGAUCCCUGAUUCUGCUUUACCUGCUGAUAAUACUUGCUGCCACUCUAUCGAUGUAGGACCAGAACACCUUUUAGCCUUCAAAAAAUGUUUAAUCCCAGGAAUGGCUAGCACAGAAAGCCUCCAUCACUUUAAAGAAGAAGGCGGAGGUGAAGGACUACUACCAGCAAUUCUUCGGGUGAGGGAUUUGGAGGAGAGUAUGGGUACAAAAGGGUAUGCCCCUCUCUCAGAAGCCCAAGCCUCUACCGAUUCUCUAUCUUCCCUGGUUUGUCCUGAGGAGCAGAUGCAGGGCAGCUACAACUGGGACUACCUUUUGGACUGGGAGCCUCGCUACCAUAAUCUAGCAUCUGUCUUUACAGAUAUUGGGCUGCUCCCUGAUGAGGAGCUCCAAGGUGGACGUGAGGAUUUGGCCGCUGAGUCUAGCUGUCUCAUGAACCCACCACCUCUUAUAACAGGAGUAGCUCAGCCAGGCAUUAGGACUGUGCCUCCGCGAAAGCCAGGGCGCUUGCCGAGCCUUAGUAGGAAACCAUCUUACCGUAAAUAUGCCUACUCCCCCUUAGCCAGAAAUACUGGACUCACCCCCUCAGCCAUGACUCCCACUUUCUCCCCAUCUCUGUCCUCUCUCACCAUUCGGACCCCUAAUGCCUCUCCAGUUGUCUCAGACACUGGAGUGGGGGGUAUCAGACUGGACUCAGGGCCAAUGACUGCUAGCCUGUUGGAGGCAGAAAUACAAGUGUAGACACAUUAACAGAAUGUGUGAGAUUCAAUUCUGCAGGUUUCCUCCAUUUAAAGUUAUGUGAUCUUCGUGUUCAUCUCAGCAGUUCAGUUACAGUAUGUUUUGAUUCAUCAAGAGUAUAUUAAUAUUUUGAUAAGUAUGUGCCAGAGUAUAUGUGUAAUCUGGUUAAUUAUGGUUUAACAUUGUGAACCAAAGAAUUUUGCAUGACAUACCUACAUCCUGUCAUCAUCAUCUACAUACAUGGGCUGCGUUUCCUACCCUAUGUCAUACAUAUUGUCAAUAGAGAGCUGAAGUCCUGUCCAUUCUGAUUGUGCCACAUUGGAUCUUAUUUCCAGAAAAACAAUUAUUAGAGUGACUAGUGAUAGACAAGUAAUUUUCUGAUCCCGCUUGAGUUAUGUGACAAGUUACACUUAUGAUAUUUGCCAAUGUGAAAGUUAAUGAAAAUACUG